AUUGACGCAAUUCCCCAAAAUCCACUCUCCAAUACUGUAAUUCUCUCAAUUUCAACUCUGCCGGCCAAUGAGAGUGGAACUAAUGGCGGCGGAGAGCAGCAGCAAUCGGGGGAAGAAGGACUCUACGGCCUCAGGGUUGUUGAAUUCGCCGACCCGCCCAAACGACGACGUUGAAGAUCCCGUCAAAUCCCCGCCCCACUCCCCCAACAAUUCCUCCACGCGCAAGGCUUGCUAUGCUGUUCUUCAGAGUUGGGUUUCCAAGAAGUUCAUGACUGGAUGUGUGGUUUUAUUUCCAGUUGCUGUUACAUUUUUUAUCACUUGGUGGUUUAUCCAGUUCGUUGAUGGUUUCUUCAGCCCUAUAUAUGAGAGGCUUGGCAUUGAAAUAUUUGGCCUUGGAUUCAUCACAUCAAUAAUCUUUAUUUUCUUUGUUGGUAUGUUUGCUUCGUCAUGGUUGGGUUCCACUGUUUUCUUGAUAGGAGAAUGGUUUAUAAAGCGAAUGCCCUUUGUAAGACAUAUAUAUUCAGCAUCGAAGCAAAUUAGUUCUGCAAUCUCACCAGAUCAGAAUACAACUGCUUUCAAGGAGGUUGCUAUUAUUCGCCAUCCUCGUGUUGGAGAAUAUGCUUUUGGCUUUAUUACAUCAUCUGUAGUUCUUCAGAGAGAUAAUGGGGAUGAAGAACUUUGCUCUGUGUACGUACCAACAAAUCAUUUAUACAUCGGGGACAUAUUUCUAGUUAGCUCAAAAGACAUCAUUCGGCCAAACUUGUCUAUCCGAGAGGGCAUAGAGAUCAUUGUCUCGGUGGGGAUGUCAAUGCCUCAGGUCAUUUCUCCCGUUGAAGAGCUUGCACGUCAGAAUGUCCGGAUCCCUCCUGGUAGAAUGAUGAUAUAGCAACACAUUGCUGCAUGUUUCUCUGCAAAUGUGGGCGUAAUUUAAUUUGUUUUUUCCUCUGAUAACAAUAGGGAAUUCAUCUUCUCAUAGCUAGUCUUUCUUGGUGUAGAAAUGCAACCUAUUUCGCAUAUAUAUCUAGGCCUGAUCAGUUCACUAUGUCGACAAAAAUGUAUACCUAUUCUGACCUAUAUUCUUUUGAUUUUGUACAAAGGAAAAUCAAAUUUUCGUUCCAAAUAGUUUGCAAUUUAAACUUUCUCAUCUAA